AUGGCGCCCGCAGCAUCCUCCGGCGGCAAGAAGCAAAAGAAGAAGUGGUCCAAGGGAAAGGUCAAGGAUAAGGCCAACCACGCUGUCGUCCUCGACAAAGCCACCUCCGACAAACUCAACAAGGACGUCCAAUCGUAUCGCCUCAUCACCGUCGCCGUGCUGGUUGACCGAUUGAAGAUCAAUGGCUCGCUCGCGAGAAAGGCGCUUGCGGACCUCGAGGAGAGGGGUGUGAUUAGGAAAGUCGUGGCACACAGCAAGGGCAGCAUUUACACAAGAGCGGCUGCUGGUGGCGAUUAA